UUCGGAGUAAAAAGUGUAGUAUAUUAUAGGAUACUAGUUUUUUAAUUUUCAAUAAAAAUACCAUAAACAUUGCAGAUCAAUGGUAUUCAUCUCUCUACAAAGCGAUAAAUUAGAGUAUGAAUCACCGUUUCUCAUCCCUAAAUAAAAAAUAAACAAUAAUAUAAUCUGGAGUAUUUUUUUUAAGGUAUAAAUUGUCUCAUUUAGAGUACCCUUUUUUACAUAUUUUAGUAUUUUUAUUACUCCAAUAAAAGCUUAUAUGUCGGACAAAAUUGAAUCCUCAAAUCAAAAUCCCCAAGCACAAGAUCUUCCGCCCUCAGCCACCACCGCCAUGGCCGAAACCGAGCAAUCGCCACCGAAUGCCACUGCCGCCGCCUCCGACAAAUACUCCAGCGUUUCCUUCAGCAUCUGGCCACCGACUGACCGUACGCGUGAGGCCGUGAAGAACCGCCUCAUUGAGACCCUCUCGUCCCCCUCCAUUCUCUCCAAGCGGUACGGCACCGUUUCGCGCGACGAAGCGGUCGAAGCCGCCAAGAUCAUCGAGCAGGAGGCGUUCGAGGUCGCGGGGAAAGCGGCGUCCACUGAUGACGACGGGAUCGAGAUUUUGCAGGUUUAUUCCAAGGAAAUCAGCAAGCGGAUGCUUGAAACAGUGAAAGCCAGAUCUGGAGAGUCGGCGGCUGCUCCGGGGCCUGCGCCGGCGAUCGACGAGCCGCACAAGGCAGAGGAGGAGGACGCGGGGUCCACCGCGCCGCCGCAGAGUGAGAAAACCGACUCAGUUGCCGAUGAUGAAUGAAUGAGUAACUGAAAUAUUAUUAAAUUUUCCCUUUAAUUUCUAUUGUCUAAUUUUGCUAGUGAUAUCACGUCGAUGUUUUAUUAUGUUGAGAUUGGGAUCUUCUUGGUAUUACUAUUAUGUGGGUGCUUUGUGCUAAAUAUAUAUUAGUUUAUUUAGCUCUUUAUCA